CUUAUCACUAGGAUUGGCAUGGCUGCUGUGACUCGGGCUGUGACACUAAUGACUCCACUCCCCUUUCUGCUCAGACGUUUCCACUACUGCCGAGGCCCCCUAAUUGCCCACUGCUACUGUGAGCACAUGGCUGUGGUAAGGCUUGCCUGUGGAGACACUCGCUUCAACAAUAUCUAUGGCAUUGCUGUGGCCAUGUUUAUAGUGGUGUUGGACCUGCUCUUUGUUAUCCUGUCUUAUAUCUUCAUCCUUCGAGCAGUUCUACGUCUCUCCUCUCAGGAGGCCCGUUACAAGGCCUUUGGGACAUGUGUGUCUCACAUAGGUGCUAUCUUAGCUUUCUACACACCUGUGGUCAUCUCCUCAGUCAUGCACCGUGUGGCUCGCCAGGCUGCCCCUCAUGUCCACAUACUCUUUGCUAAUUUCUAUCUGCUCUUCCCACCCAUGAUUAAUCCCAUCAUCUAUGGUGUCAACACCAAGCAGAUUCGCAAGCGAGCCUUAGGACUAUUCUCAAGAAAGGAUGUAUAA